ACUUCGUCCGCAUCGCCGACUCACUGUUGAAACGUUAAACGCAGGACAGGCUCAAGUAGUAUCGCCUCCCACAUUCCCAAUCCUAACCCUCUCUUCAGACGCAUAUCAGGGCCAUAGCUUUCGCUUUCUCUUCAAUGGCUCUUCAUUGCAAAGCUUCCGAGGAAGAAGAAGAACAAGAAGAAGAAGCAGAAGUAGAAGAGCAAUUCUCAAGUGACGAUGGCUCCUUCGACGAGGAUAUGGAAGCUCUACGAAGAGCCUGUCUACUCACCGGGACAGACGCCGCCGACCUUGACAGAGCCACCACCGCCACCGACAACUCUUCCGCCGCGGCGGCCACAACCUCUGCGGCUGCUGAUUCCGAGGAUGACUUCGAUGACCUCGAAUUUGUCCGCAGCAUACAGCAGCGCUUCCAUGCUCCCCCUCUCUCUCUAAAGUCCCCGAGUUCGAUUCCAACAUCCGUAUCUGACGAAGAGGAAGAUGAUUUUGAAACGCUCCGUGCAAUUCAGCGAAGAUUUGCGACUUACGGUUCUGAUAACCUGAGAAUCAGCACGGAGAAUGAUUUACAGAAACAUGAGCAGGUUCGUGUCACUGGUAUUACCUCGGAGAAAGAAACUUCCAGUAAUUUGUACGUAAGUAAAACUAAUUCUUGCGAGGCGUGUCCAGAUUUUGAAGACACUUCUACUGCUGCCCAGAAUUUGGAAUUCUUUGGUGACAAGGUUCCUAGGAACAAGCCUUCUGGUUCCAGUGAGUGGAAUCGGACAGAUGCACAUGAGGGGCUCAAUCAUUCUAACUUUCCAAUGCAUGUACAGUUGUUCGUUGAUGCCAUUAAGAAGAACAGAUCCUGUCAGAAAUUUAUUCGAAGUAAGCUGAUUCAUAUUGAAGCAAAGCUCGAGGAAAACAAAAAACUCAAGGAACGUUUUAAAGUCCUCAAAGACUUUCAGGUUUCCUGCAGAAAAAGAACCGGACGAGCUUUGUCCCAGAAGAAGAAUCCUAGUGUUCAGUUGGUUUCAGUACAGAAAAUGAAAGCUUCCAAAAAUUCGAAGGUCGGUGAUAAAAAGGUCCAUGCAAUGUAUCGCGGACCUGCAGAGAAUUCUCAUGUGGCUAAUUAUACAAUGGCUUUGACCAAAUUUCCGCUCUCAUUGGAUCGGGAAAAGUGGUUGAAUAAAGAAAGGGAAAACCUUCAGAAGGGCAUAAAACAGCAAUUUCAGCAAAUGUCAUUCCAAAUGUCAGUGGAGUUAUGCAGUGGCGCAGAAGGAUCUUUUGGAGAUGCGAUUGAUUUUGAUGCCAUUAUGUCAUCAAUUGCAGAUUUUGAAAUUACCCCUGAGCAUAUCAAAUUAUUUUUGCCUAAGGUAAACUGGGAGCAGCUGGCCUCCAUGAAUGUUGUUGGUCGAUCUGGUGCUGAAUGUGAAACAAGGUGGUUGAAUUGGGAAAACCCCUUAAUCAAUCAGAGUCAGUGGACUAGCAUGGAGGAUAGGAAACUUUUACAUAUGCUGCAGCAAAAGGGGUGUUAUAAUUGGAUUGAUAUUGCACAGAUGCUGGGGACGAAUAGGACCCCGUUCCAGUGCUUGGCACGUUUUCAACGAAGCCUUAAUGCUUUUAUAAUUAGAACGGAAUGGACUGAUGAUGAGGAUGCUGAACUUCGCAAGGCUGUGGAGACUUUUGGUGAGGGUGAUUGGCAGCAUAUAGCCUCUACUUUAGAGGGACGGACAGGUACCCAGUGCUCUAAUAGAUGGAAAAAAUCACUUCAUCCAAAAAGGAAGGGGGUGUGGACUCAACAUGAAGACAAAUGCUUGACCAUUGCGGUGAUGCUUUUGGGGCCCAAAACCUGGAAUAAAAUUGCUGCAUUUGUGCCUGGUCGAGGUCCACCACAAUGUAGAGAAAGAUGGGUCAAUACUUUAAAUCCAUCUUUGAAUGUGGAUGGAGUUUGGACUGAAGAAGAGGAUUCAAGGUUAAUUGCAGCAUGCACACAAUAUGCCCAUUGCUGGUCUAAGGUUGCCAAAUGUGUGCCUCCACGCACCGAUAGUCAGUGUCUUAGGAGAUGGAAGAAGCUGUUUCCACAUGAAGUGACUUCACUUCAACAAGCAAGAAAAAUUAGAAAAGCUGCUCUCAUAUCCAAUUUUGUAGAUCGGGAGUCAGAACGACCUGCUCUUGGUCCUAAUGAUUUCCUUCCACUGCCAGCACUUGAUUCAAUUUCUCCGCCUGAAAAUACAAAUCCUUGUGCAAGACGAAAAAAGAAAUCUCUACGAAUGCUGAAAUCGGAAUGUACAGCUUUUGAAAAUGUUCCAAAGAGGACCAGAUCCAAGAGGCCAAGAAAAGCAGCCCAAUUCUGGUCUGAGUAUGUCCCAAUAGUGACUGAAUAUGAUCAGGCUGGGACAUCUUUUUGUUAUGAUGUUAUGAAGAAGAGUGCAACUACAUUGCAUUCAAAGAUGAACGAUCCUCCUUUAUUUUGUCCAGACUCUACAGCUUUAAUGAUAUCCAAUGGUGAACAAGUUGAGGGCAUUGAGGCAUUUGAUGGGGAUAUUACAAAGAAGGAAGAGGCCCGCCAACAACAUUCUGAAAGAGACAAACUUCAAGGAGCUGAUACCAUUGGUAGAGAUGAUUUGACAUUAAAGAAUACGAGGAUAAGAAAACCAUCUUCAAAGAAGAGGAAUAAAUGCACAAGACCUGUGCAAGAGCAUUCAUCACCUUGUGGGGAUUCAUCAUUACCAGCAACUGUGAAUAGUGGAGAGGUUGAGGCAUGUGGCAAGGAUGAUGCUAGAAGGAAAAAAAUGGCUCAUAGACAAACUUCAAGGAGGAGAUGUGGUGAACUCGAGAAACUUGGGGGUGAUGGUUUUAUUUUAAUGAAGAAAACUGCAACCAAUUCAUGUUCUAAAACGAAUGAAUCUACAGAACCAAUAAAAGAUCAUUCACCACCUUGUCCAGAUUCAUCUAUGUUGAUGACAAAUGGUGAAGAGGUUGAGACAUUUGGUGGGGAUCUUACAAAGAAGGAAGAGACUCACAAGCGACAUUCCAAAAGAGACAAACUUAAAGGGGCUGAUACUAUUGGUAGAGAUGCUUUGACAUUAAAGAAUAUUAGGAUGACAAAACCAUCAUCAAAGAAAAGGAAUAAAUGCAUCAGACCUGUGCAAGAUCAUUCAUCACCUUUUUGGGAUUCCUCAUUAUCCACAACCAUGAAUAGUGGAGAGGUUGAGGCAUGUGGCAAGGUUGAUGUUAGUGAAAAGAACUCGGCAACAGUAGACAUGAUCAAUGCUUCCUUAAAUGAGGAACCUUCUGGUGUUUGUCAGCAAGAUAGGCCCAAAAGGUUGAUAACUGGAGACGAGCCUGGUCCUAACCAGGUUUCAGGUCUAGAAGAUGAUGACGACAUGACUCUUGUUUCCUUUGUACGCAUUAUAAAGAAAAAGAGAAAGGUUAAGCACAUGAAAAGGGGCAAUCUUGCCUACUCACCACAUCAAGUGUGAGGAUGGGAUCAGAUUUGCUUCCCGGGAGCCUACAUUAUGGUGGCAAUAAGAGUAAAUUGCCUCGUAUAUGAUUGUGAUGCUUAUACAUGCUGUGAAAGCGAAAUUUACAGACAUUUAUCGUCUUGCAAAACACAAUCUGUUGUUUCAUAAGUUACAUCAAGUAUCAUAACUACUAGAAAAAGAGCUAGUGUAGAUUUUGUCAGAAAUUGGUGCCGGUGUACCAAGCGUCAAUUUUGGGGUCAUGCGGCUGCUGGUGAGUCUCUGCGGAUGUUCCUCCCGGCUGCUGGUAUUGAGCCCUUAUUUCUAUUUGCAGGGCAAUGGCAGGGCUCGCAGUGAUGUUUGAGAAUAGGGUUGAAAUGAGGUCAGUACAAAAUUUUUCCAUGGGGGUUGUAAUAUCCGAACUGCUUCCCCCACCCUCAUUGUAUGCUCAACCUGGGUUCACUGCAGGCUGACCUGCGUAGUGUGUUGAUUUUUUUGACCUACGUGGGUUCAGUUGGUGAGUGAAUUAUGAGAUAAAUGCCUGUAUACCCCAUUUGCGGUUAGAUCCAAACUUCCUUUUUGAGAAAAAAAAAAGUUCUAAUAUGCAAGCCAAGAGAAAAUUUUGGGCGGUUUAUGUCAGUGUUAUGCCAAUUUUGGAGGAUCCUUAUUCCCAUACCGCGCAUGUGAACUCAUUUGUUUCUGCUUUCUCUUGAAUCUGUCAAAAAGUAGCCCGCAUGUUCGAGUUAUAUAUUUAUAGUAUCUCUUCGAUUCGGUUGAC